AGGAAGCGAUGUUCCCUCAACUGCCAUGGCGAGAGCAGCAGCAGAAGAAGCCGCCGGUAGGAAGCAGCCCCAACGGCGUCUGAGAGUUCCGCGCUGACCCCGUUGAGACUCCAGGGCGGACGGCGAAGUCCCGAAACACUGAAGCUGGCGACCCGGGGGCCGGAGUUAGGAGCCCCUCCCGGGUUGCGCAGCUCGGCUGCCCCGAGCCUUGCUCCGGCCCAGCAGAAGAGGAUGAAGAAGCGCAAGGAGCUGAACGCACUCAUCGGACUGGGCGGCGGGAACGGUGACCGGGGAAGUGGGAGCGGCGGAGGCGGCGGACGCAAGAAACGGCAUCCGAGGAAAGGCUCCGCUUCGGGCCACCGGCUCCUCCGCACCGAGUCCGCCGAGAGCAGCAGCAGCAGCUCUUCAGACCCGGAUUACGCGGACGGCUUCGGGCUUCCAGGCACCCGCUCCCGCUUUUCUAAGGGUGAUUAUCUGCGAUGCUGCAAGCUCUGCUACCCAUUAUGUGCUUUUGUCAUUCUGGCUGCUUGUGUGGUAGCUUGUGUUGGUUUGGUGUGGAUGCAGGUAGCUCUCAAGGAAGAUCUGGAUGGAUUAAAGGAAAGGUUUCGAAGCAUGGAAUCUAAUCAAAAAAUCUCAUUCCAAGAAAUCCCCAGAUUGACUGAAGAUCUGCUUAAUAAACAAAAGGAAAUGGAAAAGAUUGAGAAUGGAGAUAUGGGCUUAAACAAAAUAUGGGUAAACAUCACUGAAAUAAGCAAACAGAUAUCUUUGCUGAUGUUGGCAGUAAAUCAUCUCAAAGCAAACAUUAAAUCUGCUUCUGAUUUGAUUAAUCUUCCUAUUACAGUGGAAGAGCUUCAGAAAAGUGUUGCUACGAUAGGUAGUACUGUAACCAGUGUUCAUCAUGAUGUUGAAACUAUGCAGACAGCAAUUGAAGAACAUAAGAAAGCUAUAGAAACAAUCCAAAGUGAGAUGAGUGAACACGUAGAAGAUGUUAGAGGAAAGCAACUGCCUUCCUUUCCCUCCUCUCCGAUUCCUCAAAUCAGUGAGAAGAAUCUGACGGAUAGUUGUAAACAGGAUAACCAGUAUCUGCAUACCUCUAUAGAGGAGGUAAACUCUACACUAAUGUUGUACCAGAAACUGAAUGAUUUAAAACUUUUCAGUAUGGAUUCCACAGUCAGCAAUCUAAGCUGGAGAGUUACUUCAUUAGAAAAUCAUAUGAUGGUUGUGAAUAAACAGGAAAAGAGAGUGAACAUGACCCUCGGUGUGGUGGGUAACUUAACUACCUCAGCAAAUGUAGAAAAUGAACAAAGGAAUGGAACUACUGCUGAAAAAGUACAAAAUAAGGAGAAAAUAGAAAAUGGAGAGUCUCAGGUAUCCAAACUAAGAGAGAAGCUGCAACUGAUCAAUGCUUUGUCAAGUAAGCCAGAAAAUGACCGAUCUGAAGCACUGAAGAAAGCUGGAAAACUCCAGAGCACCACAUUGAAGCCUACAAAACUUCCAAGACUUUCUUCAAGAUCAAUUGGCAACAGUUUUGAGGGAAGUAGACAUCCAAGAGGCUUGUUCUUACCUGGAAUAUCCAAUAUAGAAGACCUUCAGGAUUUAUUCAGGACUACCAGCGAAGGCACUGAUGGCAAGCUAUCAUAUGAAGACUUGCAAAAUCUGGUUGGGUCUACAGUGCAUGAUUCACAAAGCUUUAAAGAAUUUGAUGCAGAUGGGGAUGAAAUGUAUUCCCUGCCAGAACUGAGAGUAGCUUUGGGUAUAUGAUACCUCUACUUAUAAAAACAGUAUUGAAGGACUACAGUAGCUACUACAAAAAAAUAAAAACAACCAACCUUAAUAAGUGAAAGCUACAUCUAGCACUUUUCCCAGUGAUAUACUAAUCUUUGCAGCUAACUUAGUGUACAUGUUGAUAUCUUUUAAAUUUGUGUUUUUUGGAAAAUAUUGAAAAGUUUUAUAUUGUUAUUUGUAACUUAAGACAGGGAUGGGCAGAAAGUAGAUCUCCAGAUGUUUGAGACGUUAACUUCCAGCACUCCUGACCGUCGGACAUCCUGCCAGGGGCUUCUGGGAAUUGAAGUCCAAAACGUCUAGAGAUCUACCUUCUGCCUGCUCCUGAUUUAAGAGAUUUGACUCCUGAAAGAUUUUCAGUUCUGAGGCUUUAAUCCAGAGAUCAUUAGUCAUACCUAAGUAUUGUUGACACAAGUGGGGCACAUCAGCUGUUGGCAUUGACAUAGGUGGAUCUAAUUUUUUCUGCAUCAGGGUCAGAGGAUGACAUCCUGCCAUUGAAUUGAAUAACUGUGUGAACUAUAGGGUAAUUGCACCUUAAACUACACUAAGAAUUUUAGCUCAAAGUUUUUAUUUCCCUUAUAAGGGAAGCUCUUGUCUUCAAAUUAGAAUAUGUGUGUAUAUAUUGACAGACAUGUAUUUUAUAUUUCAAAUUUGCCUUAAAUUAGCUGCACUUUAGAAUAAAAACAUUAAAAUUUGUCUUUACGGAUGGGAGUCUUCUGCUUGUAAAUAUUUAAAAUAGGAUCAAUUACACACAUUUUGGUCUUGGCAGUGAAGGUAGUAAACAUCCAAAUCAGCAUCAUGUGAAGGUUGGAGGCUGAGAAGAUGUACAUUUCUACUAUGAAUUAUACUUUCAGGAUAUGCUCUUCCCAGAGUUGUCUGGGAAUCUGUGGAUAGCUUGUAGAUAUUCAAGACCUAAAUACUUAUGCCAGACUCUAAAGAAGACUUCCAUUCUUAAAAGUUGUGAUAAAACAAACUUGGAUUUCUUUUAAUGCACUGAAUACCAGAAUGUUGGAAUAAUUAUUUUCUUCUGUUUUUAAAUUUAAUGCAGAUUCUGUUUGGUAUUAUAAUUUUAUAGACAAGGGCAAUUACUAGAUACACUGCAAUGUAAGCUAAGUAUUCACUGUAGGCUUUUCUCCUUAUUUUGGCUGUCACUUAAUUGAAUUAAUCUUCUUCACCUUAUUACACUCUCAUAGGAUUAAAAGUUGUUUUAAAAACACUCCCUAUAUUAAUGGUUAUUUUAGUGUAUCUUUGUUUCAGUAGCAGGAUGGGGUGACAGGCCAAAUUAUGUGUUACUUGUUCAGAUUUGCACAGUGGUGUGAUUUUUUUUUAAAGAAAAGAAAUAAUAGUCAUAUCCCUAUAAUGGCCCUGAUCCAGUUGGGACUGUGGCAUUGGUGGAGGGAUGGUUAAUCCUUUCCCCAUGCCAUAGGUGAGUUAAAACUAUUUUUUAAACCCAUUCUCCAUGCAGAAACUGUGCGGUUGCAGGGAGGGAGGUUAACACAUUCCCCCUGUGCUGUGGUCCCAAUGGAAAUCCCAAGCGGGGAGGGGGGAUUUUCAUUGGAACAAUGGCAUGGGAGAAUGGGGCAAUCUCCACCCAACUGCACUGUGUUCCCCUACACUGAAGAUUGGGGUGCCCACAGUUACUGUUUUUAAAAAUACAUGCAUGUCAAAUGUAAAAACACAUUGAAUACAAUGUGUGGCUUGGCACUUUAUACAGCUCCUUUGCUGUUGUAAAUUUGGAGUUCUUGACGUUUUAAGCUACUGUGUGGUUUUGCCACUGGGAAAAGCAGGCAGGGCGGAUGAAGAGUAAGACAAAUGGCAAGUAAAGCUGCUUGUUCUCUAGAUACUGACUAUAGAACAAAUCCCAGCAAGUUCUAAUAAAAUGCUAUAAAUAUUGUAAAUCUAAAUUUGAAGUGACAUCCAAAGCUUUCUAUAACUUUUUUGGUAAAGGUGUUAGCCUUCUCAGAGCUUUUAGUUUUAUAGAUUAAGUUCUCAGCAAAUAACAUUGCCCACAAAAAAAAUGCAGAAUUUUUGGUCAUUUGAUCAUGGGUGUCUUGGGACAACUAGGGUACCAGGAGAUCUGAUAUAAUGUGGAGUGUUACUCCGGAGUGGAUAGGAUCCUCCAAAAAUAUGAUGAUGGUGGGUGAUGAAGAGUCCUGAAAAACCAAAUUCCUAUCAUGGAUUGCCUAGUUGUUGUUACUACUUUCCUGACCUGGGUAUGUUAUCUUUGCCCAAUAAAGUUGAAAAACAACAUAUUUCAAGAUUACUGAACUGUUCUUUCAGAUAAGCAUCAAACACUUUUAUAUGCUUUCUUUAUCAAACUGUUGACCAAAUAAAGCAAUAAAAAUA